AUGCUCACCCUACAUCUGAACACCUCACUGAACAUCUCACCGGUAGCCCUACCGCCAACCCAGGGUGACCUUAAUUAAGCCUGUGAGGAGCUCAUUGUACCAGGGAUUCCUCGGGCAGAGCAUGCAAUCAGUUUGCAGGGAGCAGCCGCAGCCACAGGAAAGAUGCAGAAGCACAACCAGAAGGAGCACCUCUACAAGCUGCUGGUGAUCGGGGACCUGGGAGUGGGCAAAACCAGCAUCAUCAAGCGUUAUGUCCACCAGAACUUCUCCCCCCACUACCGGGCCACCAUCGGGGUGGACUUUGCUUUGAAGGUGCUGAACUGGGAUGCUGAAACUGUGGUACGGCUGCAGCUCUGGGAUAUUGCGGGACAGGAAAGAUUUGGAAACAUGACCAGGGUGUAUUACAGAGAGGCUAUGGGGGCAUUUAUUGUCUUUGAUGUUACAAGACCUGCGACGUUUGAAGCAGUGACAAAAUGGAAAGAGGAUUUGGACUCUAAGUUGAUUCUUCCAAAUGGUAAACCUGUGCCAGCAGUCCUAUUAGCAAACAAAUGUGACCAGGGAAUAGAUGUUCUUAUGAACAACGGCAUCAAGAUGGAUCAGUUCUGCAAAGAGAACGGUUUUGUGGGCUGGUUUGAAACAUCAGCCAAGGAAAAUAUAAACAUCAAUGAAGCUUCCAGAUGCUUGGUGAAACACAUAAUUGCUAGUGAGAGUGAUCCAGUCCAGUCUGUUGAACCAGAUAUUAUAAAACCACACUUGAAUUCCUCCAAGAUUGUCAGUUGUUCAGCUUGCUUUAAAUCCUAA